ACCCUCAACAAGAACGAUAUCUUAUGCGACACCAGCGAAGGGGAUACAUUCGAAGCGACCCUCCCGUACUUUAUGAUUCCACUUGUUCUGGAUUACAAUAUACGGCCUAAAUAAGCCAUCGACUGGCUUAUACACCAUUUCGACACCCGCUGUAUAGAGUCAACAUGUGGCAUACACUGAAGCUUCUUCUUCCCUGUCUGGCCGCAGUAGCCACUGCUGCGUCCAGUUCAAGAGCUGGAGCUAUACUUUUACUCGAUGCAAAUCAAGAGUCGACCACUCCUUUCACCCGAGAUGCGGUCCCUGAAGACGUUGCGAGAUUAUUGUUGCAGCAACGGAUGCUGUCCACCCAGAUCAUCACACCUAAUAACAACCUGGUCCUUGCGAAACCUGUUCUACAGCUCCUGAACAAAUAUGGAGGGAAUCAAUACAACCUGUUCCAGGAUGCGCCUGUUAGUGAACAACAGAAGCUGCUCGUGGUGGUGGAAGGGAUUGUGAAAGAUAGUAGUAAGUUAGUUAUCUGAUGCUAGCUAUGCUGCUAUGGUGUAAUGCUAUUUUACACAACGGACGCAGGGAAGCUGAUAAAGGACAUUGAAACAGCUGAUCUUACUCUCCAAACGCCAAAUGUCGCUAUGAAUCUGCCUCGAAUUCCAACAGAUUUCGUUGACAGCAUCUUCAUGGAUUCCAUGUCAGCAUGGAAAUACUGUGAAUACAAAACCAAGUCGUACGAUGAUUUUCAGGGGCUUCAAACUUGUCUAUAUCAGCAUCCAACCUUCGUUGGCUCCCCUCAGAAGACAAUCGCCCAGUUACUCGAAAAGUUACCUUUGUCGUCACUCGAAGCUUGGUCCGAUGCCGCCGGUAGCAAGGAGAUACUCAGACUGCGAUUCAAGGAGCACCUUGAUGAUGCCGCCAUGGCAGCCCGAUUCUUAGCCUCACUUUCAUCGCUUUUCGACAGCCACGAACGAACAAUCCUCCUCGUCCCACAGCAACAAAGCUCACCCACUCGCAAAUUAAACACAAGGAAAAGCAUAUACUCAACUUCCAGACCCGAGUCUUACCGCGUCCAGUCCCGCAGGAGCCAAAACCCUGGACUGUCAUCAGCAGCCGACUUCCCCUCAACACUAAUGCCAGUCUGCCACAGCACAAACGAUUCCUGCACCAGUUCCACAAACACCUGCUCCGGCCACGGCGUCUGCUACCUCAAAUCCGGUGGAGUCAAGGAUAACGACUGCUACGCAUGUAAAUGUGACUCGGAGUGGGGUGGUCCUGCAUGCCAAAAGGUGGAUAUUAGCACGCAGUUUUUCCUUAUUGGGACGGUGAGUGUUCUUGCUGUCUUGGCUAUUGCUGGUGGAAUUAGUAUGUUGUUCAGUGUUGGACAGGAGGAGUUACCGAGUGUUAUAAGUGCGGGUGUUAGCUCGGUGAGGGUUUCGAGGUGAAUAGAUAGAUCUUUGUGAGUGGGAAGGAAGAUGAUGAUUCAAGUUUUUGAUUAUGGUCCUUUGUUCUUACUGUUUGGGGAGAUAUAUCAUUGAUUUCAAAUUUCGCGGUUGCGCCAGUUAAUGAGUGAAAUGUAUAAAUACUACUCUUUUUCGAU